UUUCUCUGUGCAAUUUGAAAAUGUGCUGUUAAAGCAGUGGAGAUAAAACACAACACCAACAAGUUUAUCGAAAAAAGGCGGAAAAAUCAGCAACUAUGGCAGAUGAGACAGUUCCUGCUGACAGAGACAAGACUUUAUAUUUAACACAAAUUCGGUUCUUGGAUAAGGAGCUGGAAAGGUGUCAGCUCAGAUGUGACGAGCUGAAGAAACUGAUAGAUGACCUCAAAUUUAGGUAUGGAGCAAUGGGGAGGGACAGGAACGAUAUAUGUGAUUACCUGACAAACUCCUCGAAUGCAGCAGAGAUAAAGGUUGCGGAGCUGAGUAAGGUGUUGGAGCAUCAGCAGCAAGCUGACAAAAAGGAAACCGAUGCGCUCAAGCUGCAUCUCAACCAGCAGAAGGAGGAGCUACAGAAGGAAGUGGACAGACUCGAGUCAGAGAACAUGAUGCAAAAGAAGAAGCUGGAGCAGCAACAGAAGGAGAGGGAGAGGAUGACACAGCGGCUGGCCUACGUGGAGUUUAUUGAGAAGCAGCUAUACACUAAGAGGGAAGAAUAUGAAGCUGCCAUUGCCAGACUGCAGAAACAAUUGGAUUUACAGGGGGCAAAAGUGUUUCAAGACUGCGAGAAACAAGUGUGGAGCUCCAUCAAAAAUAAAGUUUCAGCAAAUGUUGAGGAGGAGAAGACUCAGCAUGCAGAGGUGCUUAAAAAAGUCGAGGAGCUUACAGCAGAGAGCUUUAAACUCUUGAAAGAGAAAUCCAUCCUGCAAUACCAAGAGAGUGAGCUCUGUCUUGACGUACGAAACAUGAAGAGGGACGGCCACACAGCUAGCCAGGACAUCAUCCAACUCAAGGAGAAAGAAGAGCGCCUGUCGAAGAAGUGCCAGCAGCUCAAGGUUCAGCUGAAUAACUACAGACUCUUGCUGGCCAAGGAACAGGACCUCAGACAGCAGCUGACCUUGGAUUCUACAGUGUGCAGUCAAAAGAAAGCUGAGGCAGCUCAGCUGGAGGCCGAGCUCCAGGAGGAGAUGAGUAGGAGGAGGCAACUCAAGGCAGACAUGAAGAAAGCAGCAAACAUUCUGAGACCUGCUGUGAUGGGCUUAGAGAAAUUAUCUGAGGCUCAGGGGAAGAUCCAAAAGCUGCGUGAGAUCCUGGAAAGCAACACAUCCCAUGGAACAGAGUCCGCUCUUUAUAAUUCCCCAGAGAAGAGCAGUCGAGGGCAGAAACUGCAGACAUCUGGCCCCAGAACAGUCAGCCCAGAGACUCUGAACCUCAGCACAGAUCCACUGUUUUUGUUGAGCCGCUACAGGCCGGGCGAUCUUGGCUUCUUACCUCGACCCAGAUGGAGGAAACCCGGCUGUCACAAGGCAUCAAUCGCAGCCUCUGACGAUAAGUCUAACCCAUCUGACCCGGCUUCUCAGGGCACUCAUGCAGAAGAAGGACCCUCCACCUAAACAGUCUGCAGAACCCAAAUCCAGCAAGAAAAUAAAAAACCUAGAAUUCUGUUCCUGCAUUUGCUGUAACUGCUGAUGUAUUUGUGUACUAAAUACUCACUUGAGAGCACGUUUAAGCACUUAACACGUCCACAACUGUAUGUCAGGUAAUGUCCACAUAAAGAAAAACAUUAGUGUUCGUCGCAGGAAUUAUUCAUGAUUAAGUUUUAUUCCCACAUGCGUCAUAAUCUGCAAGGUAUAGUCAUCAUCCAAAUCUGGCAAUUAAACCUCACUGUUGAAGUUUUAAUCAUACUGGUAUGUAUCACGGCAGCCCACAUAAGCUGAUAGUUCAGACGACAACCUGUCUAUGCUAUUAAAAAAUCUCACAUGGUGUACACUGUUUAAACUAUUUUGGCCUGCAUA